GGGGGAAAAUUGAAUUGAAAGCUGGAGCCUGGAGUGGAGUUGAACGGUCAAAAAGAAGAGACCCACCAAAAGGAAAAGCAAUUCAUUAAUUUAUGAAACGCAUAUAUGUUUGUGCUCUUUGAAAUAUCCUCAGAAAUCAAAACCCACCAAACUCCAUUUCCAAAACCUCUCUCUCUCUCUCUCUCUCUCUCUCUCUCUCUCUCUCUCUCUCUCUCUAUGCUAGGAAGAACAAGAAGCAGAAGAAGAAGAUUUUUACAGAGGAAUAGCAGUGUUGAACUACUGAAUCUGAUUUCUUCGUGAAAUUGUUGUUUUAGCCAUGCGAAUCUUUCUGGGGCGCUUCUCGUCUUUCUCUGGUAAGUUAUCAAUUGGCUUCUGAAGUUGAGAGGAUAUUUUAGACAGAGAUCUGCUUGCUUCUUCUUUUGAGCCAAUGGCUUCAGUAGGCGUAGUGCAUGCUUCUGGAUUACGAGAACCUCGUGGAAAUAUCAUUGGUGGUGUUGACAGGUUGCCUGAUGAGAUGAAUGACAUGAAACUAAGAGACGACAAGGAAAUGGAAGCGACUGUGGUUGAUGGAAAUGGGACAGAAACGGGUCAUAUAAUAGUCACAACUAUUGGUGGUAGAAAUGGCCAGCCAAAGCAGACAAUUAGUUAUAUGGCCGAGCGUGUUGUUGGGCAGGGAUCAUUCGGAGUAGUUUUUCAGGCAAAGUGCUUAGAAACUGGUGAAACUGUUGCAAUAAAGAAAGUUAUUCAAGAUAAGAGAUACAAAAACAGGGAGCUGCAAACCAUGCGUAUUCUAGACCACCCCAAUGUUGUAUCUUUGAAACAUUGUUUCUUUUCAACGACUGAAAAGAAUGAGCUCUAUCUCAAUCUGGUUCUUGAGUAUGUUCCAGAAACUGUAUACCGAGUGAUUAAACACUACAGCAAGAUGAACCAAAGGAUGCCACUGAUAUAUGUGAAACUUUAUACUUACCAGAUCUGCAGAGCACUGGCUUACAUCCAUGGCAGUAUUGGAGUAUGUCACAGGGACAUAAAGCCCCAAAAUCUAUUGGUCAACCCACAUACCCACCAGCUAAAACUAUGUGACUUUGGAAGUGCAAAAGUCUUGGUAAAAGGGGAGCCGAACAUAUCUUACAUCUGUUCUAGGUACUACCGAGCACCUGAACUUAUAUUUGGUGCAACUGAGUACUCCACUGCCAUUGACAUCUGGUCUGCUGGUUGUGUUUUGGCUGAACUACUUCUAGGACAGCCUCUUUUCCCUGGUGAGAGUGGAGUGGACCAGCUUGUGGAAAUAAUUAAGGUUUUAGGGACCCCAACAAGGGAGGAAAUUAAGUGCAUGAACCCCAAUUACAGAGAGUUUAAAUUCCCUCAAAUUAAGGCUCACCCAUGGCAUAAGAUUUUCCAUAAGCGCAUGCCCCCAGAAGCUGUGGACCUUGUCUCGAGACUACUGCAAUACUCUCCUAGGCUUCGGUGCACAGCUAUGGAAGCUUUGAUCCACCCCUUUUUUGACGAACUACGCGACCCAAGCACUCGGCUGCCCAACGGGCGCUUACUUCCCCCAUUGUUCAACUUUAGGCCUCAUGAACUGAAGGGGGUUCCGGUUGAGAUGCUGGUGAAGUUGAUUCCAGCGCACGCAAGAAAGCAAUGUGCUUUCCUUGGUUUGUGAAGCCUGAGAGAAACAAGAAAAAAUAGAAAAAGCAAAGGAAGAAAGAAGAGAAAGGAAGAUACCUAGAUAGUAGUGAUGCUGUUUAUGGGUUUCAGUUUCUGCUCUCUGCAGAAGAAUUAGGUGCCUGCCAUUGUCGAGAAGUAGUUGAUACCUUUCAUUGUUAAGUUUAUAUAGUUUCUCUCUUUCAUUUGUUCGUUGAGCAUUUCUUUUGUGGGUCUUUGUCCUGAAAAAGGUUUUGCUUAAUGUGUUCUCAAAACCUGAAGGGGUAUGCUGACUUCAGUUCUAAAUGACAAUACAUUGUAACUAAUACCGAAUGCAAAGAUUGUUUUUUGUUCUUC